CUGUACACAGCUACAGUAACUAUUUUAACAUAGAUUGGUCUUGUAUUUGUAAAUAUGCAGGUUCUCAAGACAUUAUGCAUUCUCGUGUCUCUGGCUGCCGUCAGCUUGGCAUGGAAAAGUCCCUCCGUCAACGGGCGUUCUUUGGGUGGUUCCACAUCCAGCAGAUUCGCCAGCCUCCUGAAAUCAAAAAAGUCGUCCCUGUUUGGGGCCCGCAUCCGUGACGGCUCCAGCAUCUUCAGCCACCUCUCCUCCAAGACCAAACAGCCAAUCUGCUACUUUGACACAAAUGGCGUCCCACAGUACGAAUGGCCUACCAAGGAGAAGCUGUGUUUUGACAAAUCCUACAAGUACCCAGUUGACCGUGUGUUCAGCGCCCUGGAGAAGGACCCCGACGCAAUGGAGUACAUGUUGCUGGUGCAAGGCUGCUACCUCCACAACAAGAUGAAUGCCACUGGUCAUUACCCCGCCUACCGCUACAAGGAUCUGUGUUCCGAGGACACCGAGCUCCUGGAGAGAAUCUGGUGGACCAACACCCAGAGCGGACGCCGAGAGGUCUGCUACGUCAUCAUGCCUGAAGCCCAGGGAGUGGAUGUCGCUCAAUGCGGAGGUCACUGCGUCAUGGACACAACGGAGGUGAAACACCACUACUGCGUCCCCGACGGCAUGGUUGAACGUGACAUCUACGUCUUCUGUCCCGGCGAGAUCAAGCAGUGCCGCAGAACCCGCGUCACCAUCCCAACCGGAUGCAGCUGUAAGAAGUACGAAUGUCUCAAGUACCAGUUUGAGUAAACCGUGGUUUACACUCCAUCUUCAGAGUCGUAACUUUACGCAUGCGUAAAUGUGGCGUAACUGCAUCAACUGGAGAACGCCAAAAACAGGCAUUUAUGUGUACGCACAGAGAUUUGUACGACAUGUUUACGUAUAGGUAAAUGUUGCGAACACUUUGAACAGGACGGACAAUUAUUGUAAAAGUGUUUUGUUCUUUCAUAGACCAUGAAUAUUCUGACCUUACAAAAAUUUAUAUAUUUUUAAAAAGAUUUCGACUUUACAAGAACACUAAAUGAUUGUAGUUUCAACGAGUUUGUUAAACACAACUACCUGCUUCCCCAUUGAUAUAUACCAUCUGUACAUAUAUCAUGCGCGCACAUGUAAAUAGUUUGUUAAUAUUGUACAUAACAUGUAUAUUUGAUUGUGGAAUUCGCGAGAUAUUUUUUACCAUUUUCUGGUGCCAACUUAGAGAAACACAAAAUCUACUGUGUUUUCUAGUAUGAUGUUUCCUGUGAAUGAUUUAUACAAAAUAAAACAACUUGAAGCAAAA